CAUGAUCGUCAUUAGUGUGCGAGUUGAAGACCAUAUUGACGACCUUAAUGAAACAUUUCAAAACCUUUCAAAACCUACGCUGAGCACAGAUGAAGUUGAAUCUCCUGAAAUGUACGUUUGCUAUAGAAUUAGGUAAAUUUCUGGGCUAUGUGGUGUCCAAGAAAGGGAUUGAGGUAAAUCCAAACAAGGUUCAGGCCGUGCAGCAAAUGGAAUCUCCUAAAUCAGUCAAAGAUGUGCAAUGUUUGAUGGGUCACUUAGCUGCCCUGCACAGAGUUAUUGCCAAGUCAGGUCAGCUAAUUGGAUGGGCGAUUGAGCUGAGUGAAUACGACCUCAAAUUUCAACCACGCACAACCAUUAAGGGCCAAGCCUUAGCAGAUUUCUUAGUGGAAUGCUACUUGACAAUUGUAGAGGAGACCACACCAUCAUACCCGGUAUGGGCUUUGUACGUAGAUGGGGUUGUAAAUGUUGAUGGAUUAGGGUUAGCGUCUGAGCUGAAAGCACAGAGCAUUAGAGUCUUUAGUGACUCUCAGCUCGUAGUGAACCAAAUUGAUAAGAUACCAAGGGCGAAUAAUCGACAAGCUGAUGAGCUGUCAAAGUUAGCUUCAUCACAAGAUAUCAAUCCUCAGAGGACAACAUUCAUCAGUUAUGUCAGAAAAUGUCCAACCUGCCAGUUCAACGCUGACGACAUUCACAUGCUAGGAGAAAUGUUAUCUUCCCUUCCAUCACCAUGGCCUUUUGGUCAAUGGGGAAUUGAUAUGCUUGGCCCUUUUGUCAAAGAGUUAGCCAAUAAAAUCAUCUUGCAUGGCCUUAAGACACAUGUCCUAGUUGCGCACUCUAAUUGGGUUGACGAGCUCAACAAAGCGCUCUGGUCGUGCCGCACUACACCUAGAUUGACCACCGGCAAAACCCCAUUUUGUCUUGCCUAUGGAGUUGAGGCCGUUGUCCCUGUACAAAUUAACUUAUCACCCAACGGAUCAGCUCAACAUAACAAUUCUAAUAAUGAGCAACUCCUGAGAGAAAACCUAGACCUUGUCAAGGAGGUUAAGGAGAUAUCUUGGAUGAAAAACGUGGCCUAUCAAAGUCGUGUUAUUAGAUUUUACAAUAAAAGGGUUCAUGCUUGUCAAUUUCAAGUCGACGACCUGGUUUUACGCAGAGCCGAGCUCACUAAUGCUUAUUCGCACAUGGGUAAACUUGUUCCAAAUUGGGAGGGUCCUUACAUGGUUAUUUGUAUGAAACAACCUGGGUCUUGUCUGUUAACAGAUCUACAAGGGAGUUCAGCUCGUUCAAAACCUUUUCCCUAUCAGCUUAUGCCUUCUUUGCACAUUCCUCAGAGUGACCAACCUCAUCCUUCGCCGUCUGAAUCCCACUUUCUUGUUCUGCUUGAGCUCUCUCUAGCUCCUCCUUCAGCUCGUUCACUUUGUUGGCCAACUCAUCAGCUCGACUCUCAGUUGACGCAGCUCAGUUGGUCAUCUCGGAGCUUUGCAAGCAGUUGACCUCAUCCACCAAGCUUAUCUUCUCAAAAGUCAACCAUUUGCAAUUGUCAUUGAGCUCGCAAGUUUGAGCGUGAGCCCUUUGCUCACACUCAAAAAGUGCGACCGUGUAGUUGAACGCCUGCCACAUAAAUUCAAUUGUUAAUU